GAAAAAAGGGCCGUCUCAGUUCUUCAAACGUCAAGCUUGAGUGGCAUCGAAGUCAUCAGCUGGACUUCCUCGGUUGGACUUGUCACGGCGGAGCAUGGUACAGUACAGUGCCCCCGAGGGGCAUGGCGUUGAUCUACCUAGCUGCUGUGUUGUUGCCACCGUCAUCGUCCGAAGUUGCCCUAGAUUUAUCAUUAUACGAGAGAACGUGAGUCCCGGCCGGUCGGCAACAAAAGAAGAGAUGGCCGAGGGUCCUCCCUGGAGGAAUGUUUGACAGAAUGAUUCUGUCUUUUGGGUAUGGUCAUGGAUCAAGUGUGAGGUAGGACAGGAUCGUAAGUACCUGAAGUGCGAGGAGUGUCUUUUUUCCUUCUUUCUACAACUACUACGAUGAUUUUCUCUCUUCUGCAGACUUCCUGAGCAAGCCUCACAUAGGCGCUUCUGGCGGAAAACAAUGGCGAUUUCCACUGCUACCUUAGAUACUUGCCGACUGUAUCGCCCAGGGCACUGGCUCUGCACCGUUUGAGCACUGCACAAGACAGCUUCCUACUGUCUGAAACCGAAACCCUCCCCUCCCCCUCAAACAGCCCCGGCCCCGAUGGCCGGCCUAUGUAUCGAACAGCAGGCACGGGCCGUCAAAGGCUACAUACUGCAAGAACUCCGAAGCAGGGCAGACAGCAAUUCAAUCCUCCAAGACAAAGAUUUCCUCGCCCGACUAGACAAGCAUUUCAUCACGAUCUAUGGCAUUUUCGCGGAGCUAUACGGGCGUCGCCACGACUGCCUGGAUCAGCUAGUCGAGCUGAUCGCCAUGUGCGGAACCAGCUGGCUCGAGCGACCCUCUGAGCUCCGAAAGAUCGACCAGCAGCGCGAAUUGGAGCCUGAAUGGUACCUGUCCAACCAAAUGGUAGGAGGCGUAUGCUACGUCGACCGAUACGCGGGAAACCUGGCGGGUAUCAAGGAGCGGAUUCCAUACUUCCGGGAAUUAGGAUUAACAUACCUCCAUUUGAUGCCAUUGUUUCUGGCUCCCGAGCCCCUCAACGAUGGCGGAUAUGCAGUCUCGAGCUACCGGGACGUCCGACCCGAACUAGGCAGCAUGGAGGAAUUGCGUGAUCUUGCGACGGCGCUGAGAAAGGUCGGUAUUUCUCUAGUGCUGGAUCUAGUGUUCAACCACACUUCGCACGAACACAGCUGGGCCAAGAAAGCCGCGGAAGGCGACGCCGAGCAUUCAAACAUGUACUGGAUAUUUCCGGACCGAAAUGUGCCGACGGAGUUCGAGCGGACAACGAGAGAAAUCUUCCCGGACGACCAUGCCGGGUCGUUCAUCCAGUUGCCGGACGGACGGUUCGUAUGGUCGACAUUUUAUCAUUUCCAAUGGGAUCUGAACUAUUCCAACCCGGCCGUGUUCAAGGCCAUGGCGGGUGAGAUGCUGUAUCUGGCCAACCUAGGCGUGGAUUUUUUCCGUAUGGACGCCGUGGCAUUCAUGUGGAAGCAGAUGGGUACUGAUUGUGAGAACCUGCCGGAGGUCCACAAACUGCUGCGGGCGUUCAAUGCCUUGUGUCGCGUCGCCGCGCCGUCGGUGCUCUUCAAGUCUGAGGCCAUUGUGCAUCCGGACUUUGUGGUCCAGUAUAUCGACCGCGAUGAGUGUCCGCUGUCGUAUAACCCGCUUCAAAUGGCUUUGGGGUGGGAAGCCUUGGCCACGCGAGAUGCCUCGUUGUUGUCCCAGGCACUUGAGCGCAGACAUAAUAUCGCCCCGGGAUGUACCUGGGUCAACUAUGUUCGAUCCCAUGACGAUAUCGGCUGGACUUUCUCCGACGAGGACGCAGCGGAGUUGGGCAAGAAUGGUGCUCAACAUAGAAAGUUUCUGAACGCUUUCUUUGUCAAUCGGUUUCCUGGCAGUUUUGCGCGUGGUGUUCCGUUUCAGGAUAACCCCAAGACGGGAGACUGUCGGAUAUCCGGGACAACGGCUUCAUUGGCCGGAUUGGAGUCGAUGCAGGAAUAUGCAGUGGAGCGUAUCUUGCUGUUGUAUUCGCUCGCCAUGAGUACGGGCGGCGUUCCGCUGAUUUAUUUGGGAGAUGAGGUCGGUCAGCUUAAUGACUAUAGCUGUCUCAAGGACCCGGCCAAAAUGGGUGACAGCAGAUGGGUCAAUCGGCCUUGGUAUCCUGCGUCAAAGUAUGUCGAGAGACAUGAUCCCGGGACGAUUUCUGGCAGGAUUUUUACUGGUAUGAGGCAUUUGAUCCAGUUAAGGAAAGCCACGCCCGAACUGGCUGGCGGUACUGCCGUCGGAUUUCGCACUGGCAACCCGACAGUCCUAGGGUAUCAGAGACCUGGGCCGGAAGAGACCCUGCUUUGUCUGUGCAGUUUCUCGGACAGGCCGCAGUGGAUUGGGAGAGAUCGCUUCUUGGCCAUGCCUGUCGAGGCGAAGGACUUGGUUUCCGGGUAUAUGAUCAACUUGAGGGACGCGGGCAUCGAGUUGAGGCCAUAUCAGUUUUUGUGGUUGAGGUGUUGAGUGAGUAUGAGUCCACAGGACUGGCGAGGAGGGUAUGUACCAGUACUGUACAAUAUGCUGUCGAACAACGAUAUUCUAUUACAGCUGAAUGUGUACUGUAGCUGAACCCUGGACCUCGAUGCCCCCCGAGUCAAAAUUUGGUCACGUGAGACCGGGGUUAAUAUGAUUAUCUAAUCCAAAAUCAUGUGACGCCGACGGAACUCUCCCGUCAUCUCCCGC